CCUCUACGUCUCUUGCUCCUCCUACAUCACUGUGGAGUUUCCCCUGCAUGCAGUCUCUGAGCUUUAAAAAGAAUGAAGAACCAGGACAUUCAGAACACAACAGUGACAGACCGACCAAGCACUGAAGUUAUAAACUGCACUGAGGACACUUUACAGAACCUUUUAAAAAGCAUUUUGACAGCAUCUGCAUUUGUACAUAUAGUUUAACUUAAGCUUUCAGAGGACAAACACACAGUAAUGAUGGAGCAUGCCAGUCAGGUAGUGUUGGAUGUUGAAGAUGGAACGCUGCUCUUACCGAGGGUGACGGUGUCGAGGAGGAAGGCUGGCUCUUCAAAGUCAGGCGUAUGGCGGGUGUGUGGGGCUCUUCUUUCUGUGGCCCUGUGUGCUGCCGCUGCUGUCUGCUUCACGCUCAACAAGUCUCAGAGUAAUCAAGAAAGUACAACUGGGCUCAAGCUUACAAUGAGAGAUCAUUUUUCAAAAGCAAAUUUCACUUCCAAGGCAGCCAUCCAUUUAACAGGUGCAUACGACCCUCAAGUCUCUAAUAAAACCCUAGAUUGGAGAGUGAACCAGGACCAGGCUUUCUCUUCAGGCGGCUUGAAAUUAGAAAACAGGGAGAUCAUCAUUCCUGAUGACGGCAUUUACUUCGUCUACAGCCAGGUCUCUUUCCACAUCAGCUGCUCGUCUGACAGGACUGAGGACCAAGACAUUGUGCAUAUGAGCCAUUUGGUUUUGCGCUAUUCUGAUUCCUAUGGAGGCUACAAGCCGCUUUUCAGCGCUAUCCGCUCCGCCUGUGUGCACGCCGGGUCUGACAGUGACGAUCUGUCGUACAACACAAUUUAUCUUGGUGCGGCCUUCCAAUUACAAGCCAGAGACAGACUGCUCACCGAGACGACAUCACUACUCCUGCCCCGUGUCGAAAAUGAAAACGGAAAGACCUUUUUUGGGGUGUUUGCACUGUGAGUAUAGAUGGACAUUAAGCAAAACUUGAAAAGUAAGGAAAGAAUGGAAACCUGUGGAGAGGAAAGGAAUUUCCUGAGCUUCCACUGCAAUGACACACACAAAAAAAGAGACUAAACUGACUUCUAGCCACUGUUUUAUAUUAAAACUCUAACUCUAUUUAACUUAUGGAUCAGAAGCACACAUAUAUAUGUAGGGGAAAACAUGGGCAUUUUGUGUUCAUUUUUAAAGCUAUCCAGGUUAUUUAUAUGUUUGUUAAAAUAUGAAUGUAUUUAUUGUGUUAUUAAUUUAUUGCAAUAUUUAUUCAAUGAAUUUAUUUAUUAAAAGAAUAUCUUCUGCACUUCCACUGUAAUUAAAUUCAAAUUUUAAUAAAUCUAAAACCAAAUGAAA